AUGGUUGGAACGUUGUUUACAACCCUUUCCAUGAUGGACACCAUGGGCUCUUUGCUUGCAGGCCCUCUCGUUGCUAAAACCUUCAGCUGGAGCAUGAGGCUUGACGGAAUUUGGAAAGGAAUGCCUGACGUCAUUUCCUUCGUUAUGUGUGGGUUGGCGUCACUGGCACUCUCUCGAGCAGGCUCGGGAAGCUUGCCCAGCAAGCACGUUGAUGACGAUGAGGAAAGCAGAUCUUUACUCGCCCGCGAGCAAUCUUCGGCAAAUUGA